AUGAAGGUUAAAGCAUCCAUACCUUUGAUUGCAGGGGCAAGCAUUGGAGCUCUUGGAGCUUUAUGUUUUGGGCUUACCUCCGCAGCCCUCAAUACUACUAAGGAAUUUGCUAUUGUAGAUAUGGAAUGGUGUAAAGGAGAGACAUAUAUUUUUGAUUGUCCCAAAUCUCAAUUGUUUGCUGGUCUUUCCAAUGGUUCUACUUUUCUUGGAGCAGCUUUUGGUUCACUUCUGAUUGGACUGUCCGGAAAGAUCGGAAGGAGAGUUACAUUGAUGGUCAUUAAUUGGUUUUUCGUUGUAGGAUCUGUAUUAUCAGCUUCAUCUGUUCAUUUUGCUAUGUUGUUUCUAGGUCGUUUGAUUUCUGGUUUUGGAAUUGGUUUGGCGGCUGUCAUACCAGUUUUUUUGGUUGAGAUAUGUCACCCUAAGCAAAGAAAAUACUUUGCAGUAAUAUAUCAAUUGUUCAUUACAUUUGGUUUACUCAUUUCAGCAGGAUGGCAAUUAGCCCAUGGUCGUGUAGUAACAAACCUGGUAGGGAGCCAAGAGUUUAAACUUACUACAUGGGAUAGAUUUGUAUGGCGUAGUACACAAUUCUUACCAGUUGUAUGUUGCGUAGCUGCAUUGAUUCUAAUUCAUUUUGUUGUUCCAUUUGAUACACCAUAUGAAUUGAUUUCAAAGGGCAAAACAGAAGAAGCUCGUGAAGUUAUAGAAAAGCUUCAUGGAAAGGAAGAAGUUGAUGAAGUAUAUGAUGAAUUCGAUAGAGAUCAAGAAGUUGCUAAAUCAACCCCAAGCAUACCACUAUUAAUAGCUUUGGGAAAUCCCAAAUACAGGAAGGUGAUAAUACAUGCAUUUGUUUUGGCUGCAGUACAACAAUUGGUAGGUGUAACCAUCCUUACCUCAAAUGUCACAAAAAUUUUCCUUAAAGUAAUGGGUCGAAAUUACAACUCAACGUUAGCUUCAUCUUCUAUUCUUUUGGUUAACUUUGUUGCGACUAUCAUUCUCACCUUCAUUAUUGGUAAAUUUGGGAGGAAAACCUUUCUGGUUUGGGGUAUAGGGUUUUCUACAUUUUUUAUGGCCCUACCAUCUUUUAGUAAACCAAUUGGAAAAGAGGCAUCUUGGGUGCCUGUUGUAUCUUCAAUAGGUUCCUUUGGUUUUAUUAUUGGAUUUGCAUUCGGUUUGGGAGGUAUUAUGUGGGUUUAUUUAUCGGAGGUAUUUGCAACUGAAUACAGGGAUGGAGCUUUAAGUGUUGCAGUCUUCAUUAAUUGGCUAUGUGCUUCACUCACUUUGAUUGCUUCAGAAUUUUUGAUUUCCUACUCUGAGGUUCUUGUAAGUACUAUCCUCUUCGCCUUCUCACUCUUCGGUUUCAUUUAUGUGAUAGUGUUCAUCAAAGAAACAAAGGGUGUUGCGAUCGGAAAAGCAUAUGACUAA